UCAUGGAUUCACUUCGCAAACUCGCUCUCUUUCUGGCUCUCUUCUUUGCCCUCAUCAUCUCCAUCAUCCCUGUAACCUCACAACCACAAGCCUGCGAAUCAUACAAGUUUCCUAACACUAAGAAUUUUGCAGCCUGUACUGACUUGCCCUUUCUUGAUUCUUCUCUUCACUGGAACUACUACUCUUCUUCGAACUCUGUGGAUAUCGCUUUCAAGAAGAACAGAGCCAACCCUGAUGGCUGGAUUGCUUGGGCUAUUAACCCUACAUCCAGAGGCAUGGUGGGCUCUCAGGCAUUUGUUGCGUUUCAGAAAUCUGAUGGAACAAUGGCGGCUUACACCUCUCCGAUAACCUCGUAUGGUACCACGUUGGAGGAAGGCAGUGUCGUUGGAUUUGAGGUUCAUGGCGUUUCUGCGAGUUUAGAGGAUGGUACGAUGAUCUUAUACGCUAGCUUUCGGCUUCCUGGGAAUUCGACGACGACUGUGAAUCAUGUUUGGCAAGAAGGCUCUGUUUCUGAUAAUGUUCCUCAGUCUCAUGGCUUGUCCCGACCCAACCUUAGAUCUUUUGGUCAGAUGGAUUUUCUCACUGGCAAAGUUUCUGAUCACGGUGCCAAUUUAGAUAACUCCAGGAUUUUAAUCAGAAAAAUGCAUGGAAUAUUCAAUGGAAUAGGGUGGGGAAUUCUGAUGCCAAUGGGAGCGAUGAUGGCUCGUUAUCUGAAGGCAUUCGAAGUCACUAGGCCAAGAUGGUUCCAUGUGCACAGGGCAUGUCAGAUUCUUGCUUAUCUCUUUGGCUCUGCUGGCUUCGCUCUCGGCAUCUACAUGUCCACCAACCUGUCUCUCUCCGCUUUUCAUCUUCAUGCCUCCGUUGGAAUCGCUGUCUUCACCAUUUCCACUGUUCAGAUCUUGUUCGCCAUAUUUUUCAGACCACACAAAACUCACAAGACCAGAAUCUUCUGGAACGUUUUUCACUAUGUUCUUGGCUAUGGAGUCAUCGUUCUUGCCAUCUUCAACAUGUUCAGAGGCUUCUCCAUUUCUAACUACCCCACCACCUGGAAGAACCCUUAUUUUGGCUUCACUGUUUUGGUGGGCUCUGUGGCUCUCGUUUUAGAAGUCCUUACUUGGUUUCUGGUGUGCAAAAGGAGGAUCGAGACGAAGAAGAAUCAGGUUUCUAAUGAUGACAACAUUUCACAGAUCUCUCAGAAUCAGGAGGUUCCUUGAUCAAUUAGAUUGCAAUUACGGAUAGUGUUUGAUUUGGAUCUGUAAUAGAUUUACAUCAAUGUUAGGAUGUGAACUCGUGAGUGAACUUGUUAAUUACUUGAU